AUGGCCACCGUGACACCCCCAAUCUCCUCAACGUCAGUGGCAGCAGAACCACAAUUGAAGCUAGAGCUGACGCGCACUGAUAGCGAGCGACAUAUUCCACUGGUACUGCAACCCAAGACCACGUGGAAGGACUCGGAGCGCAUCGCUCAGUUCGUUGCGAACGUCACCAGCGCCGUAAUGGUCGUGGCCAUUGCUAGCUACUACCUCGUACCCAUGGCUGCACUAGCAAUGGUAGAGACCCCACGCUUUGCUGCUCAAAUCCACACACGUGCAGUGUGGACAACAGGGAAUGCCUCUAUCGUACUUACUGAUGGAUGGAAGGCCAUGCAGGCGCUCGACAUCAAAGCCUCCAGCUCGUUUGUAUCGAUCUUGCAGGCCAUAUACAACAGCCCACAGGUCACUGCAGCACUCACAUUGACAAUCGCGUGUUUGGUGCUUAUCCACAAGUACAAAGUCAUCGGCUGGUUCCUGUAUCUGCAGGCGAGAGUUUCGCUGCAGUGGGGUAUCGCACUGUACCAGUUGGCUCGCAUUUUCUUCUCCAUGUCGUGCUAUUUCACCGUUAAACUCAUCAAAAUUGUACUGGUAGUCGUAAAACGUGGGUAUGCAAGUAUCUUUGGUGUACGCAACCGACAGGCUGCAGCACUGCGACAGCUUAUGAGGACUGCACCGACUCGCGCAGUAUGGGCGGAGAUGGCUGAAUAUUUGGAUACAUUGGAAGGCAAAGACGACUGGAAGACAACGAUAUCUGACGAAGAUUUAGAGUACUGUGACUUUGUCCAGCUACGAACAAACUUGACUGCUCUACAACGCGUUUUGAACGAAGACAAGCCCAACAUCCGAGAGCUACGGUACAUGAUGGCAGCUUGUGUUAUGCGGAACGAGUUGGGUGUGGACUCGCCAAGUCUACAUCUUGAAUGCAAAUCCGGCACCAAGACUGUGAUUAACGAGUACAACGAUGCUGUCGUUCAAGCACUGGAAGUUCUAGGAAGCGCAAGUGCAGACGAGUUCCCGCGCGAGGAAAAAGUUCAAUUCUUCAAGCAUAUCAAGCAGUCGUUCGGUUCAACAGCGCUGUGUUUGAGUGGCGGUGGCUCCAUCGCCAUGUACCAUAAAGGUAUUAUCAAGGCACUACUCGAAGCUGAUUUGAUGCCGAACAUCGUCUCCGGGUCAUCUGGUGGCGCAAUCACCGCAGCAAUGAUUGCCUGCAAGACGAAUAAGGAGCUGCUGGACGACAUCAUCCAGGACGACGUCUCCACACGGUUUAUCCCUCUGGGUAUUCGCUGGUUUCCACCUCUGCUUGACCAGAUCACAUACUGUAUCAAGACUGGAUUUCUUGUUGAGUGCUCAAAUUUUGAACGUACUACACAGCACUACUAUGGUGAACCGCUUAACGCGGUGCAGAAGACAAUGUACUACACGUUCCAGGACGCCUACCUCAAGACAGGUCGUCACGUGUGCAUCACUGUCUCAGCUUCCGAUGUCAAUAGCGCCCACAAAGGCCCCAAAAAGUUGCUACUGGACCACAUCAACUCUCCUCACGUUUUGCUUUGGAGUGCCGUAGCUUGCUCGUGCUCACUUCCUGGAAUUAUGAAGAGCAAACAGCUUAUGGCUCGUGAUUUCGACGGCAACGUUGUUCCGUACAACUCGCUGGGCAAGGAAUGGUGCGACGGUAGUAUCCAGCAUGAUCUGCCCAUGGAAACUAUGGCGAGCUGCUUCAAUGUGACGAACUUUAUCGUGUCACAAGUGAACCCACACGUUGUGCCUUUCGUGGGCGACGAGAUCAACCAGCCUGGCUUCCGCAAGAGCAUUUUCCACACUCUUGAGAGCGUAAUCGCUGCCGACGUGCGUCACCGCCUCAAGAUGCUAGCAUUCCUAGGUCUUUUCCCUAAAAUUUAUGGCCAUCAGUUCAGCGCGUACUUCCGACAGAACUUCUCUGGCAACGUGACGCUCGUCCCCGAGUUUUCGUUCCAAGAGGCGAUCGGCAUUAAGGCCAUCCAGAACCCGAGCAAGCAGGACAUGCAUGACUACAUCGAAGGCGGACUGCGUACUGCGUGGCCGAAGCUGGCUUAUAUUCGCCACUUGUGCAGCAUUGAAAAGUGUCUGGAUCGCCAACUCAACCGUUUGUUGGGUCCUGCUGUUGCUCCGUACAAGAACUGGCUGCACCCAGAUUCCAGGGAGCUCACUGCGGACCAGAAAGAGAGUACUGUAGCUUAG